CGGGCGCCGCGCAUGCGCGACGGGUCUGCGUCUGCGCGGCGAUGGCGGUGGCAGCGGCAGCGGAGGAGUGUGUGGGGCAGGUGGUGCUGCCCGGGGACGUGCUGCUCCUUCCCGCUCACCCCGACGAGGACGCGGAGCGGCUGCGGCUGAGCACCGGAGCGGCGCCACGGGGCCGGCUGCUCUGUGGGCCGGGCCUGCGGCGGUGCGAGGCCGGGCUGCUGGUGACCAAGUGCGGGCUGCUGCGGCACCGCCAGGCGGGCGGCGGGGCGGCGGCGGCGGGAGGCGCCUACUGGGUGGACUCGCAGCAGAAGCGGUAUGUGCCGGUGAAGGGCGACCACGUAAUCGGAAUAGUGACGGCCAAGGCGGGAGACCUGUUCAAGCUGGACGUCGGGGGCAGCGAGCAGGCGUCCCUGUCUUACCUGGCCUUCGAAGGCGCCACGAAGAGGAACAGGCCAAAUGUGCAGGUGGGAGAUCUUAUUUAUGGUCAAUUCCUUGUAGCGAAUAAAGACAUGGAACCAGAGAUGGUCUGUAUAGACAGCAGUGGAAGAUCAAGUGGAAUGGGAAUAAUUGGACAAGAUGGCUUCCUGUUUAAAGUUUCCUUAGGUCUAAUAAGAAAACUUUUGGCUCCCAAAUGUGAAAUAAUUCAAGAGCUGUCACAAUUGUAUCCAUUUGAACUGGUGCUGGGAAUGAAUGGAAGAAUAUGGGUAAAAGCAAAAACAGUUCAACAGACUUUAAUUAUAGUAAAUAUUUUGGAAGCCUGUGAGUAUAUGACUGCAGAACAGAGAAAACAAGUGCUUGCCAAGUUGUCAGGGAACUGAUAAGAGAAAACCUUGAGGAUUUGUUUGAAAUAAUUGUAAUGGUGUUUUGGUUAUUUUUGUAUUCAGAUUUAUAUUAAAAGCCAUUUUUUUAAAAAUUAA